GUGAAAGUUGGAAACAAAGAAGGAUUGGUAAUUGGAAAAUACGACCUUGGUGAUAGAAAUAAUGCCGGAGAUCAUGUGAUAGAAUUCUGCGUGAUCAACGACUUCUUCAUGGCAAAUACCUUUUUUCAACAACAUAAACGGCGACUAUACACAUGGAUCUUGCCAGAUGGAAAGAGAGGAUGGAAAAGCUGUGGAAAAAGACCAUGGAAAAGCUCAAUACCAUCAGUCAGAACAAGGCCAGGGGCCAGCUGUGGAACAGACCAUCUAUUGGUCAUAUGUAAGUUCAAGUGUAAACUGAAGAAAAUCAGUACAAGUCCAGGAGAGCUAAAGUAUGACCUUGAGCACAAUGCAUCAGAAUUUAGAGACCAUCUCAAGAACAGAUUUGAUGCAUUAAACACCAGUGACUGAAGACCAAAUGAGUUGUGGCUUGACAUCAAGGACGUUAUACAUGAAGAAAGCAAGAGGCCAUUAAAAAAGCGGGGAAGAAAGAAAAGACCAAAAUGGGUGUCAGAAUAGGCUCUGAAACUUGCUCUUGAACGUAGGGUAACUAAAGCAAACCAAAGAAAUGAAGUAAAAGAGCUUAACAUUAGAGUUUAAAGGGCAGCUCAAGAAGGCCAAGUAUUAUAAUAAAAGACCUGGAGUUAGAAAAGCAAAAGAGAAGAACACGCUGGGCGGAAAGAAUUGAAAGAGUAGAAAAUUAACCACUUGCUAAUCUUAAACUAAACCAGUUGCCAUCAGUCACCCUGCCUGAUGGCCAGUGGAGCCCUCUCGGUUCCCACGUGGAAAACCCCGCUUCUUUGGCCCCAAAGGUCCCCGAAACCGGAAGCGGAAGUGCAUGCCUAGGGGCUGGGAGCCUUGUUGGGUUUCGCUCCUGCUCGAGUGUGAGCGAGGUUUUGCACGUGUGGGCGUCCCUCCGGGUCCAGCGCCAGGUGCAGCCCACGUGGCUUAGGGCGCUAUUUCCGGUCUCCAGGGCCCGCGGGGUCUCUCCGCCCUCACGCAGCCGAGCGGCUUUCUGUAGCCGGGCUGCGCCCGGGUCUCCCGCUGCUCUUCCGUCGCCGCCGCCGCCGCCGCCCCUGUCGAUGUCCCCCGCGGCCGGGUAGGUGGGCUGGCUCUAUGUCUCGGUGCGUGAGCAGGUAAAAUCGUGGGAGUCCUCGCUGAGUCGCAGCGGCUUCUUGGGGCAGCAGCGUCAGCUCCAGCUGGGAAUUUGUGGGAAACGCCGAGCAGGGAAGCUCUUGGAAGCCCAGGGUGCUCAGCCUGACCCUCAGCGCCCUGACCCCCAGCGCCCUGACCCCCAGCACCCUGCUCCCACCCCUCCAGCCUCCCGUUCACCGCGCCGCCCUGUGUUUUCUGGGCUUCGUCAGGCAGGGCUUUCCCUGAGUGUUCCUGGUCAUACAAACAGUGAAGUAUAAAGAGGAAUAUAUCCGUCCUCCUUUAACGGCUGUAGCGUUUUGAGAUGAAUUUAGGAACAUGAAUUGCAACUAGUAGAUGCCUUUAGGACCAUAUUUAUCUUAAAUUCAGGAGGGAAAUAUUUAGAGCUACAUUUCAUGGAAUUUCUUUGACUAUAAGGCAGACAUUUUCAUUAGGAUUGUGUGAGAAAUAAUAUGGCCAACCCUUGUUGGUCUGCUGUGUUGAAUAGGAAAAUUAAUAACAGACACCUUACUUUGAUUUUAAGGUUUGUUUUAACCAAGAAACCAAGUAUUAACCAUAAAAAGCCUCCCAGAAGCUGCUCUACAGCAAUGUAAAUUUGCCUUAAAAAAAAAAACCCACAGUGCUAGGAAAGGUUUGUCAUCAAACCAUUACCUCGUUUAAAUCUCAAAAACCCUUGUGGCUGCAGGUUGGGUAGAGGGCCAGAUUAUUAACAGCCAGGCCAGAAGUAACCUAUUAUCAGUUGAUCUCAGUCAAGGAGCAAGACUGGGUUCAGUCAGUCAUGUUAAGCUUAAAACCCGUUGCCGUCGAGUCAAUUCCGACUCAUAGCGACGCUAUAGCACAGAGUAGAACUGCCCCACGGGGUUUCCCAGGAGCACCUGGUGGGUUUGAACUGCUGACCUUUUGGUUAGCAGCCAUAACAUUUAACCACUAUGCCACCAGGGUUCCCACGUUCAGUGGUUAAUCUUUCUCAUUCCACUUUAUAGGCCCCAUUGUACCUAGUUUCUUCAAGCCGUUUGCUUCAUCGGGAAUCAAAGUGGCCUCUCUAUAUGCAUGUAGAAUAAUUGUUUGGAAUAAACCUUAUGUUUAAGUUCUGGUGAUGUCUGAUUUUCUUUUAAUAGCUGUGAAAUGUGAUGUGACUAAAUAAGCUUAACACAGGCGAUGAAGGAUUUAUAGUGCUCACACACCCAGUGUUUGCCCUAGAUGUCAGAGUUUGGCUGGGACAAGGUCUGUGAGGGACUGGAUGCUGGUGACUGAACCACGGUUUUUAGUACCAUAGAAUCAUGCUUCUUAUUAGCUUGAAGGUUUCUUAGAGCAAAACCCAGUGCGUGUUCUCAAUAUCAGAACAGGGAAUAUUGGUUAUGAGGGCAACACGGGAGGCAUGGGUAAUGAUACUAGUAAGCACGCUUGAACAGAGCCUAGAGGGCCAGCUUCAUCCUUUCUAAUAAUUAUGUUACAAAGAAUUCUUCCUUAAAUAAACCUGAGAUGUGCAACUAUUAGGACAUUAUGAUUUACAGUAAAUAAUUUUGAACAUAAAGAGGAAAGACUUAAGUUGAAUAAAUAAUGUGUGCCGUCUGUAAUAUGACUAGAGAGUUUUUCUAAAACCAAAUGUAAAAUGAAAACUGUGUAUGUAUAUCCGAUUUGUUGAAUGUAAGUGCAAGAAAAUGAUACUAUUUUACACAGAAAAAAAAAAGAGAAAAUAUGUGUAGACACUAAAGAGUCAAGUGUGGAGUCGUCUGGUGGCGAGCGUGGUUAGGAUUAUGAGCUAGAAGGUUUUCAGUUCAGACCCGCUCAGAUGUGCUUUGGAAGACAGGCCGGGAGACCUGCUGCUGAGGUGUCGGUGCCUUGAAAACCCAGUGGAGAAGUCCUACCAUGCACACAGGGGGUCACUGUGAGUUGGAAUCAACUCGGGGGCAACUAACAACCACAAAAAAAUCAAGGAGCAGCUGCAUAUAUAUAUCAUUUCAAAAAUGGAAAGUGUCCUGUUUGAGAGAUCAUUGCUAACUUCAAUGCCAUUAGCGUAACCUCUUUUUUUUUUAUUACUAUUUAGAAUGGUAAUUCACAGGAUUUUUUAAAUUGUAGAAGUCCUUUUUUUUUUAUAUUAAUAACCAGGUGAUUAAGAAUCAAUUACCUUAAAAAGUCCAUUCUUUGCACACUGCAGAGUCCUAGACAUGGAGAUUGGUUGUGGACCAGGAAGAUAGUGGAUGAUAUGAUGUAGAUGUGGGGAUGGUUCAAAGAGCAUCUCCCUUGAUAGAGUGCUCAUUCCUCGAGUAACAGGCUGUAUGUCGAUCAGUGAAUGCUUCUCAGUCUUGAAUGUCGUGGAUAACCGGGGAUCUUGUUAUCAUUUUGAUUCAGAAGGUCUGGGAAUGCCUUGAGACUCUAUGUACUGGACAAGAUGAAAAUAAUAUGUAUAGAAAUAGGAUGUGAAGUAAAAUUAGAGAGUGGUGUUAGAGAAAUUAAUAAAAGGAGGGAUGAUACUUACAGGGGAGACACUGUUAUAAAGACUGUGUGAGAGAAACCAAGAAAUAAAAGAGUAGAGAAAGGGCCGAGGGACAGUGGAGCAGGGCCUUAGAGUAGGAGCCAGCCGGGUGGGGACGUGGGGUGGAAACAAACAGGAACAGAUGGGGGAGACUGCUCUUUAGAGAACACUUAAUGAUUUCCUAGUGGAUUGAUUAUCAUAGUGUUGAAAGAGAAAGUGUCCAGGAAACUUGAAAAAUGUAUUUUCCCUGAAAAUUCACCCAUGUUGAUAUUCAAUGAAACCGUGUGUUGACCUACACGGCGCAAAGUUCUUUAAGCAAACCCUUAACCACAGCUUCGGACCCCUGAAUCCCCGGAGGAAAUCGGGUGGGAGUUUUCCAGCCGGUGGAGGCCUGGAAGCAGGAUAUGUCCUGUGAAGUGUGUGCUCUGGAUGAGUGGAGGCUGGUCUGCCUUAAACGCAGAUGCCCUCAGGGUGGAACAUUGCCUUGAGUCUGGGGAGAAGCCCUGUCCAGGGAAAAGUUGAAGGCCAAGGACCUGUCAAUCCCUCCUUACUCAACACUGUCUACUCUAUGUCGUUCUUCCAUUUCAGGUCCCAGGUGUGGUGCAGGGAGAACUAGUCCGGUCUAGGUAGUUGGGGACGUAGGGCGACCAUCUUGCACAUUCGUAAAUCACAAAGAUUUCAACUGCUCUGACUGGUGUGUGGACCAAACAUUAUUCAUCUGCUUCCAAACUGCCUAGUGGCUCUGCUUCCACUCCCAUCCCUCUUACGGAAGUGGCUUCUUGGGCUCAGAGAGGACAUUCACGUAGACUUCCAGAAGCUGGAGUGAGGAAAUGCAGAUGGAACUGUCACUUCUUUAUCUCCUGGAGUUCUUUGAGAAAAUAGGAUCACCUCAGGGCCUUUCGUUGCCAGUUUGUCUGUGCUGGCCACCUGUCUUCCCAUGGCUGUGAGGGGCAAAAGGAAAAAGUGCCGUACUGCGUUAUUUCCCAGCUGUUAACACCUCAUCCCGAUUUCACCUUCUGCUACAUGAUUUGUUGAGUGUUCUGGACUCAGUGGUCGAUGAGGAUGUGGCCGUGGUCUUUACCCAGGAAGAGUGGGCUUUGCUGGAUCUUGCUCAGAGGAAACUCUACAGAGAUGUGAUGAUGGAAACCUUCAGAAACCUGGCCUCAGUAGUGUCUCAAAACUGCAAUGAUGGAGAAAAGUUAUCCACUGAACAUAUGAUAGUGCAAAUCAUGAAGAAUAACAGCUGGCCCUCCACAUUAGGAGAAAUCUUUGAAUCGCCUGGUAGUGAAGAUCAGCUUAAAAACCAGGGGCAACUUUUGAGAAGGCAUACAGUAGAAACCCUCCAUGAAAGUAAUGAAGGCAAUCAGUGUGGAAACACCUUCACCCAGAUUUCAAAUCUUAAUGUGUUGAGAAGGAAUAUUUCAGAAGUGAAACCUUUUGAAGGUGGUGACUGUGGAAAAGCCUUCAUGGAACACUCAUCACUUAAGCAUCCUACCAGAUCUUACACUGGAUGCAAUACUUCUCAGUCUAAGGAAUGUGGAGAAGCUUGCAGUAGGCCCUCUAACCUAAGCACUCCUGUAAGAAGUCUUGCUGGAGAGAAGCUAUAUAAAUUUAAGAAACACUAUCAAUGUAACAAAUGCUGGAAAGAUUUUUGUAGUGUCUCAUCUUUUCAGAGACAUGUUAGAGAUAGUAAGCAUGAAUGUAAAGAAAAAUUUCAUAAUGGAAAUAAGCCUUAUGAAUGUAAGGAAUGUGGGAAAGGCUUUAAUUGUGCCUCAGCCCUCACUACACAUAGAAGAACUCACAGUGGAGAGAGGCCUUAUGAGUGUAAAGAAUGUGGGAAAACCUUUAGUCAGUCAUCACACCUCAGUACACAUAUAAGAACUCACAAUGGACAGAGGCCUUAUAAAUGUAAGGAAUGUGGGAAGGCCUUUAGCCAGACUUCAUCUCUUUCUUUACAUAUAAGAACUCACAGUGGUAUAAGGCCUUAUGAGUGUAAAGAAUGUGGGAAAGCUUUUAGUUAUGCCUCAGGCCUCACAACACAUAUACGAACUCACAGUGGAGAGAGGCCUUAUGAAUGUAAAGAAUGUGGAAAAGCCUUUAGUAGUUCCUCACAUCUCACUCAACAUAUAAAAACUCACAGUGGAGAGAGGCCUUAUGAAUGUAAGGAAUGUGGGAAAAGCUUUAGUCGUUUCUCACAUCUCACUUCACAUAUAAGGACUCACAGUGGAGAGAAGGGUUUUGACUGUAAGGAGUGUGGGAAAGCUUUUAGUCAUGCCUCAGCCCUCACUACACAUAUAAGAAUUCACAGUGGAGAGAAACCGUAUGUUUGUAAGGAAUGUGGGAAAGCUUUCAGUGAUUCCUCACAUCUUACUAUGCAUAGAAGAACUCACAGUGGAGAGAAACCUUAUAAAUGUAAGGAAUGUGGAAAAGCAUUUAGUCAGACCUCAUCCCUCAAUCUACAUAGAAGAACUCAUAGUGGAGUGAAGCCUUAUGAGUGUAAGGAAUGCGGGAAAGCCUUUAGUCGUUCCUCAUACCUCACUGAACACAUAAGAACUCACAGUGGAGAGAAACCUUAUAAAUGUAAGGAAUGUGGGAAAGCCUUUAGUUGUGCCACAUCCCGCAUUGCACAUUUAAGAACUCACAGUGGAGAGAAGCCUUAUGAAUGUAAGGAAUGUGGCAAAGCCUUCAGUCAGUCCUCACACCUCACUACACAUAUAAGAACUCACAGUGGAGAGAGAUCAUAUGAAUGUAAGGAAUGUGGGAAAGCGUUUUGUGAUUCCUCAGGUCUCAGUCAACAUGUAAGAACUCACAGUGGGGAGAAGCCUUAUGAAUGUAAGCAGUGUGGGAAAGCCUUUAGUCAUGCCUCAGCCCUGACUACACAUGUAAGAACUCACAGUGGAGAGAGGCCAUAUGAAUGUAAGGAGUGUGGGAAAGCCUUUAUUUGUUCCUCAAACCUCACUACACAUAUAAGAACUCAUAGUGGAGAGAAGCCUUAUGAAUGUAAAGAUUGUGGGAAAGUCUUUAGUGAGUCCUCAAACCUUACUACACAUAUAAGAACUCACACUGGAGAGAGGCCUUAUGAAUGUAAGAAAUGUGGUAAAGCCUUUAAGGUUUUUUCACACCUCACUUCACAUAUAAAAACUCACAGUGGAUAGAGGGCUUAUUAAUGUAAUGAAUGUGGGAAAGCAUUUAGUCAGUUUUUAGUCCUUAUUAAACAUCAUUAACCUUAAAUUGGGAGGGACCUUAUGAAUGUAACCAGUGAGAGAAUGCAUUUGCUCAUACCUCUUACCUCAGAAACACAAAACUCACUGUGGAUAGAAAAGAUAAAAAAAAAUGUGAUAAAGCCUUUAGUUUUUUUUUGUCUCUGUAAACAUACAGUGAGCAGUGAUUUUCUGAAUGUAGGGGAUGUGGGAAACUCUUCAGAUGUUUCUUAUUCUUUGGGACACCUUUCAGUUGGUAUACUGGAGAUAAACAGUAUAUGUCUAAAUAUUGUUGUAUAACUUUUAUAUGGCUUUUUUGCAAACCUGAAAGAAGAUACAUGGCAUAUUAACCAUGUAAGGACCAUGGGAAAAUUUACACAUAUGGAAAACACAUUUGAACAUACAAGAAGUCAUACUGGAGAGACAUCAUGUAAAUGUGCAGUACCUGGAAUCAUGUAUAUAUCUUUUUCUAGUCUUAGACAACAUGUGAGAUAAUACAUUGUGUAUUGAUCCUAUGAAUGUGAAAGAUGAUGGAUGCCUUUAGUUUCCACCCUCCCUCAGGACGCCUGUGAGACCUCACACACUAGACAGAACCCAUGACUAUAACCAUUGUAAUCACAUAAUUUCCCUAUUUGUGCACAGGGACAUUCUGUUGUGUCUUAUAUAUGGUUGCAGAAUUGGAGUGGACUCAGUGGCAUUGGGUUUGGUUUUUUUGGUUAAGUAUAAAGCACUACGUUCUCAUUGUAAAAAACUGUUUUUAAUUGAAAAGUGUAUAGAAAAAUAAAAGUCCUUUAGAAUAUGACCAUGCUUCGUAUGUUAGGUGUUUCCUUUUGGUCUGUCUUGUAUGGGAAACAGUGUUUUAACAGAAUCAGGACUGUAUUAUGUGUUUAGUUUUGUAGUAGACAUGUUUUUGCAUUGUAUCUCAUUCUGCUUGACUACAGUCAUGAUCCUGGAUUUACUGAUGAAGAAACUACACAGAAUGUUUGAACUUAGUAUCAUCCCACAGAAAUGCUCUUCUCUCAAGUGACAUUGUGACAACCAGGGUUUGCAUGAAAGGAUGGUUUAUUCUGAGACCCAGGGCGAUUUUCUGCCAAGGUAGUGCCUCAAUCUCACUUAGCUGCAGCGGAGCUUCUGUACUGCGCAGGCUCAGAGCCUGUGCUCACUGAUAAAGUCCUGUUGUUGUUAGGUGCCAUCGAAUUGGUUCUGAGUCAUAGUGACCCUGUGUACAACAGAACAAAACACUUCCUGGUCCUGCGCUACCCUCACAGUUGUUAUGCUUGAGCCCGUUGUUGCAGCCACUGUGUAAGUCCACCUUGUCUCCCUCUUCUUUGCUGACCCUCUGUUUUACCAAGCAUGAUGUCUUCCUCCAGGAACUGAUCCCUUUUGUUUAUCUGUCCAAAGUAUGUGAGAUGUAAUCUCAGAGCCCAUUAAGGAGCUCUGGUCACACUACAGUUACGUGCUUGGCUGGAAACCAGAAGGUUGACAGCUUGAAAUCACCGAGUGGCUCCACUGGAGGAAGACCUGGCAAUGCUGUCAUAGAAGAUUACAGCCAAAAAUGUUACGGGGCAGUUUUCUGUCACAUUGGGUCACUUUGCAUUAAAAAUCUGCUCGAAGGCACACGACAACAACCGGGAUCCUAUUUAUCUAAUGUAAAUCAAUCCUGAGUGAAUGAAUUAAUAUAGAUACAAAUGUACCACAAAGAAGAGCUCUACACAGCCCUGUUCUCAAGUCUUCUCCACCUCACCUCACUUCCAGAUCCUUGAAAAUCCCCUGAAGCUUUAAAUUAUAGGAGUCUGUAAGAAUACAGUCAGUGUAGCCAUAUUUAUGUCAAUAGCAGAAGUUGGAAGAAUUUAAUUUACUAUGAGCAAGAUGAGUUUUGACAGAUGGAUUUUCUCCUUGUUUAAUUUUAAUUUCUAAAGAAAACCUGUAGUUGCAGUAAAGUGAGCCCCCAUAACUCUAGACCCUUAUUUGCCAGUUGUUAAGAUUUUACCUUAUUUGUCAAUAUAUAAAUACAUUAUUAUGGUGAAGUAUUAUAUACUUAGUUUUAGAUAGGUGACUUCAUUUCUUAAUCUUCAGUAUGCACCUUAUAAGAAUAAGGACAAUAUAGUAAAAAAAAACCAUUAUCACACACAGGAAAAGAAACUUUCUUCACUCAUGUUACAGUUGUUGGAUAUUUUGAAGCUAGGAUCCUCAAACAAGAUUUGUACAUUGCCUUUUUAUUUUUAGAUCUCUAGUCUGAUUUACAUAAUACAUUUGCCUCCAGUUUUGUUUUAAUAAUACUGACUCUUGAUUCCAAUCCAGCUGUGUGGUAAAUGUUCAGCACUCUGAUGAUUGUUUUCUCAUCAUCUUGUUU